GCUUGCGCAUUAUUUAGUGCUCCGUUCUUGGAUGCACGCUUGCCCCAGUUCACGACUGAAACGGUCAAACCUGGAGCUGCUGACGCUGCUUAUCUCACAACGACCACUGUUUAUUUGGAUUUUACUGGCAAGUCAAGCCAUGGCGUCAUUUUUCUCCGGCCCCUACAGCUAUAAGAAAGUAAUAGGAUCUCUUCGACGUUUUUCCUCUCUUAUCUGUAUAUCACGUGUCGAUGUAUACCUGGCUGAUUAAGCUCUACUCUUUUCUUGGCACCAAAAAUUGAAGUGAUCUGCUCUGGUGGCGUGACGGAUGCAAAUUGAUUCACUAAUAGCCAUCCUUCUUAGACAAGGCCAUGGACAUUUGUUCUACUUCUUAUAGCAAGAUACGGUUGCCAUCUGCAACUAUUUGGCUCUUUGCUCUUCUUUUUCUCUUACUUCAGAAUGCUGGAGGAACUUUUUCUGUUUCCAAUUACUUGAUUGGCCUUGGAAGCUAUGACAUAACUGGGCCUGCUGCAGACGUUAAUAUGAUGGGAUAUGCAAAUAUUGAACAGGUCACUUCUGGAGUGCACUUCAGAUUGCGAGCUAGAACAUUUAUUGUGGCAGAACCUCAAGGCAACCGUGUAGUAUUUGUAAAUCUAGAUGCUUGUAUGGCCUCGCAGAUUGUUACAAUUAAAGUACUUGAGAGAUUAAAGGCAAGAUAUGGGGAGCUUUAUACAGAGCAGAAUGUUGCAAUUAGUGGAAUUCAUACUCAUGCUGGGCCCGGAGGCUAUCUCCAAUAUGUUGUAUAUAUUGUAACAUCACUUGGAUUUGUUCGCCAGUCCUUUGACGUCAUUGUUGAUGGUAUUGAGAAAAGCAUUGUACAAGCUCAUGAAAAUCUUCGGCCAGGGUCAAUUUUUGUAAAUAAAGGAGAGCUAUUAGAUGCUGGUAUAAACCGUAGUCCUAGUGCUUAUCUCAACAAUCCUGCGGCAGAGAGAAGUAAAUAUAAAUAUGAUGUUGAUAAAGAAAUGACCCUCAUAAAGUUUGUAGAUGAUGAAUGGGGCCCCAUUGGUAGCUUUAACUGGUUUGCAACUCAUGGAACUUCUAUGAGUCGUACAAACUCAUUGAUAAGUGGAGACAACAAAGGAGCUGCAGCACGAUUUAUGGAGGACUGGUAUGAACAUAAUGGUAUUUUGGAUCAUUGGGAUAGUCAAUCUGCCAAUAAAUCUGGAACUGAGAGAAUCCCUCGAAGAGUCUCAGCCAUUAUCCCUAACCUUCAUGAGAAAUGUAAGGAGCUGAUGGAAGUUGCUGCCUCCUUUACGUCUUCUCAGGGCCAACCUGCAAUGAGGCUUUUGAGUGUUGCGAAACGUGUUAGGAAUGUUUUGAGGCAAGUGGAUAGACCUCAAUUUGUAUCAGCAUUCUGUCAAUCCAAUUGUGGUGAUGUAACGCCGAAUGUUCUUGGUGCAUUCUGCAUCGACACUGGAUUACCUUGUGAUUUCAAUCACAGUACCUGCAAUGGAAAGAAUGAACUGUGUUAUGGCCGAGGCCCAGGUUAUCCAGAUGAAUUUGAGAGUACACGAAUCAUUGGAGAAAGGCAAUUCAGAAAAGCUGUUGAUUUGUUUAAUGAAGCAACUGAGCAGCUGAAAGGGAAGGUUCAGUACAGACAUGAAUACGUGGAUUUCUCAAACCUUGAGGUCUCACUGGGCAAUAAGGUGGUAAAAACAUGUCCCGCUGCCAUGGGCUUUGCUUUUGGUGCAGGAACCACUGAUGGGCCUGGCGCUUUUGAUUUCAAGCAAGGAGAUGACAAGGGCAAUGCUUUCUGGGAGUUGGUAAGGGAUGUUCUCAAAGCACCAAGCCAGGACCAGAUUAAUUGUCAGCGUCCAAAGCCUAUUCUGCUUGAUACUGGUGAAAUGAAGGAACCAUAUGACUGGGCACCCUCAAUACUUCCAGUUCAAAUCUUGCGGAUAGGGCAGCUUGUCAUUCUCAGUGUCCCUUCAGAGUUUACUACCAUGGCUGGCAGACGUCUCCGUGAUGCUGUCAAGAUGGUGCUCACUUCUGGGAGAACCAAAGAAUUCAACAGCGAUGUCGAUAUUGUCAUUUCUGGGCUGACAAAUACUUAUUCACAGUAUGUCACCACCUUUGAGGAGUACCAUGUGCAGAGAUAUGAGGGAGCCUCCACCCUUUAUGGUCCACACACACUCAGUGCCUACAUUCAGGAGUUCAAGAAACUAGCUGCAGCUCUCAUUAGUGGUCAACCUGUUAAGCCAGGUCCACAGCCCCCAAACCUCCUUGACAAGCAAAUCUCUUUAUUGCCACCAGUUGUUGUCGAUGCAACUCCUCCAGGAGUGAAUUUUGGAGACCUUGUAAAGGAUGUUCCUUUUAAUUCCAGCAAGAAAAGGGGUGACAUGGUCACUGUCAGCUUCUGGUCCGGUUGCCCAAGGAAUGACCUUUUGACUGAGGGCACAUUUGCACUGGUUGAGAUUCUCCAGGAACAAAAGACAUGGAUUCCAGCGUAUGACGAUGAUGACUACUGCCUGCGGUUUAAGUGGUCAAGGCCUGCGAGACUUAGCCCUUACAGCUAUGCAACUAUAGAAUGGAGAAUCCCACAAUCAGCAGUUUCUGGGGUAUACAGAAUAAGACAUUUUGGCGCUGCAAAGGCACUUUUUGGGUCAAUUCGCCAUUUCACAGGAUCUUCAAGCGCCUUCGUAGUGACAUGAAGAGGUAGCAAUAAAUAUGUAAUUCACAGCCGAUAGCAACAGCGAUACUUUGGAUUCGAUCAACCAUAAGAAAAAUACUUCAUAUUUGAGUUUGAAAAUGAAGAGGAAAGCUAGUCGAAGGGAAGUAACAUAUGUUUUAAGAUAUCAUGUUAUGUAGCUCAUGGGUUUUUCUUGCUUAAACUCAGUAUACUAGGGAUUCAAAACACAAAAUAUGUGGUGAGAUUCACGUU